AUGGCGUGUCCAACUCCCUAUAAUUCCAUCUACUCAACGGUUCUUUAUUUUUUCUCAACCGGAGCAGCAUUUUUCUUUAAAAAACCAGUAUUUUUAGGUACUUCAGAGUGAUCCCUUUGAGGAUCCCCUCUAGGGACCACUUUACCAACAUCAUAUAGGGUCCACUGAAGCUUGCAAAGAUGGUCCCUAUAGGGGUUUCAGUUAGUGGACCCUAUACGGGACCUGCGUCGAUGAUUUUCAUGAACUCUGUGUGAAGAAGCAUUUCCAUGCAAAAAUUUUUUUGAAUAAAUUGAAAGACCUCUAUAAGGACCACUUAAGCUUUAGGGGCUCAGGGAUCAGACCUUAAUCCCCUAUAGGAACCACUUUUCGGUUCUUAUAAGGGUAAAAUGUUUUUCAACCCUACCCUCUAUAGGGAGCACACUAAAAUUCCUAGUUCAGACAAAACGAGUGGUUUGUUGCAAACACGGAGCCAAAUGCAAGAGUUUCGCGAAGAAAGCGAAAGAGGGUUAUUAUUUUUCCCUUUUUCAAAACUCGAAAAAGAAAGAUGAUCUAAAAGUACUACAGAAAUCGGAAAUGAGAAGGAGAAGAAGGUUGAGCAGCCGACGAUAAAUGAAGGUCUCUUUUUUUUUUCGAUUGGUUGGAGAAGUUUGUUCAAUAGUGCAGGAGAUGAGCAAUACGUGAAUCUAUACGCGAAGAAAAACCAAGAGGAACUGAAGAAAGAGACGGAGGAAAAGGUCCCGAGCGGCGGCGAAAGCUUCUCUUCGGCCCCGGACACAUCCUUUGUCCUGCUAGACGGGUUCUUUUUUUUUUUCAAACUUUAGAGUGUUCCCUAUGGGGUCCUUAGGGCCUCUUGGAGGGUGAGGUAACUCCUAUAGGGUCCACUGAAGCUUGCAAAAGUGGUCCCUAUAGGGGACAUGCUAGUCGAUAAUCUUUAUGGACUCUGAGCGAAGAAGAAUAUCCAUGGGAUGAAAUUGGAAGGCCCCUUCAGGGUCCACUUGAGCUUCAGGGGUGAAGAAGUCGGCCCUAAUACCCUAUAGGGACCGCCUUGAUUUCCCUCCUAUAGGGGCCACUUUUCCGGACCCCAUAAGGGUUUUUUCCCCUCUUAAGCCCUAUAGGGACCUCUCUGGAUUUCCUAAGUAAUUUCCCGCUCUUUGAUUGGUUUUUAUUGAAGAAAUUUGCAUACAAAAACUUGAAUUCACCAAUUUCAUUCCAGCAAAAAGGUCGAAAAGCGCAAGAAGAAGAAACGAUCUCGUAAUGCGACUUUUGCAAAGUCUGCAACAUCCACCGAGAAAUCGGAACCGGCUCCCGUGCAGCCAAAGUGAGAAUUUUGACUAUACCGCCAAAAGCAAUUUUUUUCCUAGCGACUUCUACAUCGGCGCUUGUACGCGAGAAGACGCCGAGAGGUCGACCAGAAGCCGAGGACCGCUGCGAAUUUAUCACCAGGCAGCUAUAGUUUCUGAUCAAACUAUAAACACCUAGAACAGAUCGCUUCGUCUCCGGUCCUCGAAAACCUACAGCAGGAGGUCUCUCUGUACAUCGUCUACCGCACAAAGGACACACGUUUCCGGUGAUUCCUCUCAGUAAUUACGAUAUGAUUUCCAUCAGUUUCAGACAUUACCCAAUUCGCUCGCAAACGAUCGACUCAGUCGAAAAGUUCUACGUUGAUUGCGGAGAGACCGGCGCUCCAAUGCACUCCUCUCUUCACAAACUGGUCAACUUUUACAAAGUCGCUUACUGA